UCAAUCAUCUUGUGUUCUCAUGCUGGACGCUGUGACGUAUUCAUUAUGGAUUCAACACUGAUGCCACACCAUGCCAGGAGGUGCCAGAUUUGUAAGAGCUUCAUGCCAUGUGCUUCUGACUUGGUGCAACCAUGAGUGGGGGAGUGAAUGUGAAGAGUCUUCCACGGACCCAGCCGGGCUCCGGCAUCCCUCUGCACAGGACCAGACUCCCUUCCCCAAAACCUGAGCCCAAGAGCACCAGCAGUGGCCUUCCGAGACCAUCCACACAUGUCCCCGUUAGCAACAGAACCUCCUGUAGCAGCAGCCCUACAGCUGUCUCCUCCAGAGACGUGCUAAGGGACACCACCCUCAGAAACCAGCAUCUGCUACUAAGAGGCAGUCCACCUAGUCAACGUUCUUCCACUAGUCCUCAAACACAGACCCAAGACUCUAGAUCAGCCCACAGCAGUCCACAAGUUCGACGGAAAGAGUCCCCACUUUCGAGGGGUACUAUGGAUGGGUCCAAGACCGAGAGUUUGCUUGACCUUCGGUCCAAUGGCAACAAGAACUUCCAGAGUGGAAUCUUUCGUUCUCAGAUGGGACGAAUGGACAACGAUAACAGUUUGAUCUCAGAAGAACUCAAAUGCCACGAGGAGAGUGCUGCUUCUGGAAGCAGUCAAAGCAAGACAGGAAUCCCUUCAUUCAAAUUUAGUAACAAAAAUUUGAGGCCUGGUCCAGCGGUCACUAACGUAGAUACGGGUCUCCUCAGAGUCCGUCGAGAGAGAGUGUCCCUGCAGAACAGUGCCUCCAGUAGUUUUUCAGAUGAGGAGAUGUGUACUCCAGAUGACCUCAGUCCGGAGGUCCCACAGAAGCCACCCCCUGAGACUACUGCAGUCCCGAAACAGGAAACCUCUAGUGUUGAGAUGCUCAAAGCCAAACAGUUACCAAAGGUCAACAUGGCUGCUGUGGCACCUUUCAGAUACAGACUGCAGAUUCAGGAAGAUCUAUCUCUGGAUGACUUCAGCGACUGUUCCUCUGACUCAAUAGAAGUCUGCUGUGAUGACCUCAAUGCUGGAGGAAUGCUUGGGGGUAGCCCAAGAGGACAAGGAGUAGAUCUGGAGACUGAAGCUGACAAAACGUCCAAAGCCAAGACCCCCCAGGGCCAGGCAGGAGCCAACGGAGUUGGGGGCAUGGCUGCGAAAAGGGGCAAGUCAGGGCUCCCACAGGCUACUCCUCGGGCUGAGCUAAAGGUCUACCGAGCAGGAAACUCUGAGGGUCGUCUUCCAGUGCCUAGUAACCUGCGCAAGCAAAAAUCCUUGACCAAUUUAUGCGUGCUUACAGACGCCGAGAAGAAGAUGCACCUGUACCAGCCCAAGUGGUCGGACGACAUGGAAAAGCCAGGAGCAGGUCAGAACAAGUCCGGCAAACUCAAAGAUGCCGGAGGGGGUACAGGCAAGGGUAUCCCACUUACCAAGAACCUUUCCAAGUCAGAGCAUUCACUGUUUCAGGGAAAGCCAAAACCCUUUAACCCACCUUCCAAACUGGGCAAACCCAGUCGGAUCCCAAAGGGUCCUUACGCUGAGGUCAAACCCAUCAGCAAGGCUCAAGAGCUGGCAGAUGACGGCAAGUCAGAUGAUGAGAUCUUGUCCAGCAAAGCUAAAUCUAAUGGUAAGAAAACUUUAAGUGGUACCUCAGGGGCAGCCACCCCAGGAGGGGGCGGAGGGGGCAAAGAUGCACCAGAACCAGAGGAAGGGGACAAGACCUUCCUAAAGGUGGACCCUGAACUGGUUGUAACGGUACUUGGGGACCUGGAGCAGCUUCUCUUCAGUCAGAUGUUGGAUCCCGAGUCCCAGAGGAAACGCACUGUUCAGAAUGUCCUCGACCUCCGGCAGAAUCUGGAGGAUACCAUGUCCAGCUUACGGGGGUCACAGCUCAGCCACAGCUGUAUUGAGAGCAGCAUGUGCUACGACAGCGAUGAGACUAACGCCCGCAGCAUCUCUAGCCUGUCCAACCGUUCCUCCCCUCUCUCCUGGCGCCAAGGCCAGUCCAGCCCUCGGCUGCAGGCUGGUGACGCCCCCUCCUCCGGGGUCACCACCCACUCACUGCCCAUCCGAGCGUCAACGCAGAUCAGCCACCUGCAGCGCAUCCAGCUCAUUGAGGGCCUGGAGGCCGUGGACGAUGACCUGGCCAACCUCAAGUCUGGUUACCUCAGCGACGGCAACCUGACGGGUAAGAGCCAACCAGAAGAUGAAGAUGACGACGAUGAUGAUGACGUUGAUGUAGAUGUUGAUGAUGAUGACCUAGCCAAUGGUUGGGAUGAAAGCAGCUCCAUCAGCAGCGGUUUGAGUGACGGUUCAGACAACCUCAGCUCAGAGGAGUUCAACGCAGGCUCCUCCCUCAACUCCCUGCCAACAACUCCCAUUGGCUCUCGACGAAACUCUGCCAUUGUGCUGCGAACCGAUGCCGAGAAGCGCUCGCUGGUUGAAAGUGGCCUUUCCUGGUACAGCGAGGAGGGGAAGGCACAAUGCCGGAAUGAGGGAGGAUACGACACAGGCAGCCUUAAGGCGGAGUCAUCCAGCAAAUGGAAAAAAAGCCGAUCUCAGGAUGACACGGGAGUCAAGGGUGAGCUGAGGAAACCGCAAACGCUUGGCCACCCGCCCAGCGGACUGAAGAAGAGCCGUAACCCUCCUGUAGGCGUGAUCCCCAUCACGCACACUUCACAGACCAUGCUCAAAGUGCCAGGAGUUCCAAAGAAUGAUCAGCGAGUCGUGGAUAAAGCCAAAAUGGCAGUGAAAUCAUCAGGCUUACAGCGAUCCAGUUCGGAUGCAGGGAAAGAUCGUGGCGAGCACAGAAAGCCUCCCUCCGGUCUCGUCCGUCCCUCCGCCGGCACGGUUAAUUCCUUUGGUUACAAGAAAACCAUUCCAACUACCGGCACCGCCACUGUGCUAACAACUAGUGGAAACACCAUCUCCGAAAACUCUGCGAUUGUCAACAAAACUCCUAAAACCUCUGGUAUCCCAGUGAAACCCUCUGCUGGUGGGGUAGGUGGAGGACGCAAGACCAGUCUUGACGUGUCGAACUGUGAUCAAGGUUUCAUGGCUCCAAACGCACGCAACAACAUCCAGUACCGUAGUCUCCCGAGACCCGCCAAGUCCAGCACUUUGAGUCUGACAGGAGGGCGGCCGGGCGCUCGUCCCGUCAGCAGCAACAUGGACGCUGGUCUGCAGGGCCUAAAAACAGUCCCCGCCCCGUCCAGACUGAAGGAACCAGGCAGUAUGAAGAGCUCCCAUCGGGCCAGUACUGGAGGGUGCGCUCCGGUCAACCAGACGGACCGGGAGAAGGAGAAGGCCAAAGCCAAGGCGGUGGCAUCUGAUUCUGAGUGCGGCGGAGGCGGCCCGCUAAAGAAUGGCACAUUGACACCAACACAGAGCACGCUGGAGCCUCCUUCCAAACUGCUGGGGCUUCGGCAGCCAUCCAGCCUGGGGAAGUAUUCAGAGCUGCCCUCUCCCAACUCUCAGAGGCCCUCCAGCGCCAGAUCUCUGCCCAAACCUGUUCACCUGGAGAAGGUAAACUCCAACAGCCUGGAUUGUGGGAUAGUCGACGUGGAGGAACAGCUUCCUCCCAAAGUGCCGCCCUUCUCUAAAUUACAAGAACUAUCAGGAAUUAGCAGCACAAGCUGUCUGACGCCCAGCCCGGCUCCCAUCCUCAACGUCAACUCCUCUGAGUGCUUCUCCAGCGCCACCGUGGGCCGAGGGGGCAGCACUGGCGGCUCUCCCUCGCUCUACCCCCGCCUCUCUGGGCUGCACCGUAGCAUGGAGUCCUUGUCUCUGCAGAUGAGUGUGUCUCCAGCAGGGGGCGGCAUGAUGGAGCCCAGGCCCAGACAUGAGGACAGAGGGACGGAUGGUGGCUGGUCGACAGGAAGCAGGGUCUCGCUCACGCUCACGACAGAGAGCUCACAAAGGGACAGAAAUACUCUCCCAAAGAAAGGCUUAAGCCAGCACAUCUCCUCGCAGGCUGAGGAGGACAGCAAAGAGAGACGUCACUCGCACACUAUAGUGAGCCUGACUGAGACCAACAGCCCGCCGCAGUUCCCUUCACCCAUACUGACAGGAAAAACACCACUGACGAGCAUCAUAGCACCCAGUCCCACCGCAGGAACGCCAAGAAUGACCAGAUCCAACAGCAUCCCCACUCACGAGGCCAGUUUUGAGCUGUAUCAGGCCUCUCCGCUGGGCAGCACCUUAUCGCUCGCCGAGCGGCCCAAGAGCAUGAUCCGAUCCGGCUCCUUCAGAGACAGAGACGCCGGCGAUGACGUUCAUGGCUCAGUGCUCUCACUGGUGUCUAAUGCCUCCUCCAGCUACUCCUCAGCGGAGGAGAGAAUGCAGGGCGAGCAAAUCCGUAAGCUGAGGAGGGAGCUGGAGUCUUCACAGGAGAAGGUGGCCAAUCUGACCUCACAGCUGUCUGCUAAUGCCAACCUGGUGGCAGCGUUUGAGCAGAGUCUGACCCUCAUGACCUCUCGACUCCAGAACCUCUCCUUCAGCGCUGAGCAAAAGGACGGUCAAUUACUGGACCUUAAAGAAACAAUCGAGAGCCUGAAGACCAAGAACAUGGAGGCGCAGGCCGUCAUCCAAGUCGCACUCAAUAGCCCAGAUGUUGCCCCCAAAGAGUUGCGAAUCAGGAGGCAGAACUCAUCCGAGAGCAUCUCUAGUCUGAACAGCAUUACCAGCCACUCCAGUGUGGGCAGCCUGAAAGACGACGCCAAGAAGAAGAAGAAAAAGAGCUGGUUACGAAGUUCUUUUGGCAAGGCAUUCAGCAUCAAGAAGGGCGCUAAAGGUGGCUCCAUGUACUCUGAUAUUGAAGAGAUUGCCACUCCAGACUCUUCUGCACCCAACUCACCAAAACUGGGUCAUGAAGAUGGAGAGAACCCGCCCACUUCCCUCCCAUCCAGCCAAUCAGCCACUUCCUCUGUGAUCCAUGAAAGUAACGAGGAAAAUGAGAGCGAUGAGAAGAUGGUGUCAGAGCUGCGGUCUGAGCUGUGGGAGAAAGAGAUGAAACUGACGGACAUUCGGCUAGAAGCGCUGAACUCGGCACACCAGCUGGAGCAGCUACGAGAGACCAUGAACAACAUGCAGAUGAUGGUGGAGAAUCUGAAGGCAGAGAACGAUCAGCUGAAAACAGGAAGUGCUCCAUCAUCCCUUGUCCUUCCUUGCGGUCCACCUUCUACUUCCACCUCCCAGCCGUCUGGUCUGGCCAGCCUCCUGAACUCCAACCAAACCAAAAAACCCAUGAGCCUCACCAAGUCAUUCAGCCUCAGCCUCAAUGAGUGCUCCAACACUGACAUUGCUCCUAUGGAGUUACUGAGCCUGUCAUCUCAGAGGGAUGAGGUCUUUACGCGUGUGGUGGUCCGUAUAGCUGACCAGCAAGUGUCCAGAGAGCAGGUGAGGCAGCAGGAUUUCUACAUCGGCUCUGUGAGGAUUCAUGGGAAAACUGAAUGGUCUAUGUUAGACACGGACAUCUCCACAGCUUUCAGGGACUAUAUUUCGCAGGUGGAUCCCAGUGCGAGUAUGGGACUGUCUGUCGACUCAAUCCACAGUUACAGUAUUAAUCAGAGCAGGAGGGUGCUUGGAGCCGAAGCCCCAGAAAGUGCACCCUGUGACUGUUUAAAAAAGGGUGCCGGACUCGUCACUGUCGCCCUCAAAGGUUUUAAGGAGAAGUGUGUGGACAGUCUGGUGUUUGAGACGCUCAUCCCAAAGCCCAUGAUGCAACACUACAUAAGUCUGCUUCUGAAGCACCGACGGCUGGUCCUGUCGGGCCCCAGCGGCACGGGGAAGACCUAUCUCACCACCCGACUGGCUGAGUACCUGCUGGAGAGGAGCGGCCGUGAGCCCGGCCCCGGCCUUAUCACCACCUUCAACAUGCACCAACAGACCCGCAAGGACCUGCAGUUGUACCUGUCUAAUCUGGCCAAUCAGAUUGACCGAGAUUGUGGCACUGAGGACAUUCCAUUGGUCAUUAUCUUGGACGAUAUCAGUGACGCGUCUUCCAUCACUGACCUGGUCAAUAGUGCACUGACCUGCAAAUAUCACAAAUGUCCUUACAUCAUUGGAACCACCAAUCAGUGUGUUAAGAUGUCAUCUAAUCAUGGCCUGCAUCUCAGCUUCAGAAUGGUCACCUUCUCCAACAACGUGGAGCCUGCAAAUGGUUUCCUAGUGCGUUACUUGCACAGGAAGUUGAUCGAAGCGGAGGAUGAAAGCACAGUUCACAGCGCAGAGAUGCUGAGGGUUCUGGAUUGGGUGCCUAAACUUUGGUAUCAUCUCCAUACAUUCCUGGAGAAACACAGCACCUCAGACUUCCUCAUAGGUCCCUGCUUCUUCCUGUCUUGCCCAGUAUCAUUAGCAGAGUUUCGCUCCUGGUUUAUUGACCUCUGGAACCAGUCCAUUAUUCCUUAUCUUCAGGAGGGAGCUAAGGAUGGUGUGAAGGUCCAUGGUCAGAAAGCAGCAUGGGAGGAUCCAGUGGAGUGGGUGAGGGAUACGCUGCCCUGGCCUUCAGCUCAACAGGACCAGGCCAAACUCUUUCACCUCCCUCCGCCAACCACUGGCCCCAAUACUGCUCCAACACAGCAGCCCGGUGACGAAAGGGACACGUCCAACAAGGACACAUCUCUUUCCACAUUGGAGUCCGAUCCACUGAUGGCGAUGCUGCUGAAACUCCAGGAGUCUGCCAACUACAUCGAAUCACCCGAACGGGAUAUUUCUGGCAACCCCAAUUUCUAGGCUGAGCUAAAAGACUCGAGAGCUUACUAAUGGCUAGUGCUGUUACAAAACACUGUUCUGUACAGCUGAUUUGCACCUCCUGUCUCCUUCAAAAGGCUUGUGAGAGACGAGAAGAGGAACUCUCAAGAACAUCCAUGUCAAGGCAGACAGAACUCUAAGUCUGAAAGAAAAACAAAAGAACUGAUCCUGCCAGAUCUGAGCGAGAAUCUUUUUUGCACUGUUGUCUUAACCAGUCUUUCCUUUGCUUAUUUAACCUGCAAGUGGCAUGGCAAUACUUGCAACUGGGGAUUGUGAAGAUGAAAUGUUCUUGUCUACCAUACUGGGAACAAAAUGUGCUCCGCAGUUGUUUGAUAUUACUUUUGCUUUGAGUAAUAUCUGACCAUAUGGACCAAAAAUCUAUUCUUGUUUGCAAAAGUACCAACACUCCAUCCUCAAGAUCAAGUCACUCGAACCCUGUACACAAAGGUGCGGUUACAUUUAGACCAACUCGCAUGGAUGCAAAAUGUAAUGUACAAGAUGGUGCUUAGAAUUCAGCCUUAAAUGAUGUCCCUACAUAUAUCAUAAAGUCAGUUCCAUAGCAAUCAGAAUAUUACUCUAUAUUACCUCACAGUUUGCAUAGUGAUGCAGUUUUAAGGUGCAGUACAUACCCAUAACCAGGUUGCAUUCAUUCCUAUAAAACACGCAGACAUCAGACAGAUGUAGACUGUAGAUCUCUGAGAGGAUGCACUUUGAUUCAUAGCUUUCAAUCAAGAGCACUGACUGGUUGUUCGAGAUUCGUAGGUUGUUCACUCCAAUGGUGAGUUGCAGCAACAAAACAACCAGAAGUUGUGAGAGUUUGAGGCGACAUGAGCGAUGGAUGAAGUUCAACUAUAUGCAAAUGUCUACCAAUGGGAAAACAGACAGUGAAGCUCAUGUGAUCUGCCGCCUGAUAUUGUUGGUCAUUUAUUGCCUGCAAAAGUUGCUGAAUUAAGGUGGCACUUGGAGAUGCAGCAAAGCUGGGAAUGACUGCAGUAGGGUUCAUGUGAUCCACCACCUGAUAUAAUCGGAGGGCGACCUCAGGCGAAUAAAUAGCUGUCAGUUAUAACAGAGGUGCUGUUACUGGUGCAUGGGAACAGUAUGCAACAUCUUACUUUCAGUAAUCGUUUACGUGCGUCCAGUGCUUUUGACCUUAAGGCACAGGUAUACUUCAUUUUCCAUGUUUCGCUCCAUCUCACACACCGUUGAGCAUUCAAGCCCUUCAAAGUAAACUUGAGCGUUGUGACCGUGAGCAUGUUCUAGUGGGCCUUCAAGCACUCAAUCGCUAUUUUCCAUGCACAAGUCCAUGGCAUGCAGACAUAAAAAAUGGGCUGCACAUGGAUGUUGUGCACAGAAAAGAAUUGUAUAAUAUGGACUGUGUGAGCCGGAGCAGAACACGGACAAGGGAAGUAUACUUUCAGCUUUAGAUCCAGUAACCAAGGUGCUCAUAGAUCAUCAAGAUAAUCAAAGGCUUUGUUCUCACUGACACCCCAAACCCAAUUCACUUGGCUUUGUGCUGAUGUAGCAACUAUUGUAGGCCCUGUUUCCACCUGGUAUUAUCGUGUUUCAGAUGCAUCUCUUGUGAUCUCUUGUUUUUGGUUUUUGUUGAGAAACUCCCCUUUUAUUUUGGGAUACUCAACAUCUCUUUUGCAAGAGUGCCAAGUGUACACAAAUACUAUUGAAUGAAGGAAACCAUGUUGUGCAGCUUAUGAGCGAGCAGGAAUGGAAGCAAAUGAAAAAGAUACAGAUUGCAGCUGCCAAUACCAUGAAGUUUGAAUUACUUAUUUUGGUGCAGUUUCUCUCAACACGUCCCAGAACAAUCAAGUGUUAGUUGAGCGGGUGGAAAGAAUGUGAUGCUUCACUUCAAUUCGGAGCAUUUUUGACUACCUCUGUAUGUGGUUUCAGUUAUACGAUGACAGUUUUAGACCAUGUUUAAACCUGCAUUUAGUGCCUAACACUUGUGAUCGCAUCACCAAAAAUGCAUAUUAAUACAAGGUGGAAACAGGGCUGUAAAUAUACUGGAUAUUGGCUCCACUGCCUGAACAAAUGAAGCCAAUUUGAGCUCCUGCCAAAUAAGAUGUAGAUAGAUUGGUUUUGAAAACAAAUCAGGAUUGUUUGCAGUGUGAACAAAGCCAAAAUGGUUUAAACAAUUUGUUAUGUCUGUAGAAGGUUUAGUAAUUUAUGUUUGGCCUUUGUUAUGUCUAGAGCUUCAAAGCUAAAUCACAUCAGUGUUAGCUCACGGUUUUACACACACUUAUGUCCUCUGGUCUUCUGUAACAAUGUAGCCAGUUUUGGAAAUACGUAAUUGUUUUGGGGUUUUUUUCUUGUCAUUUUAAGUCACAGGACGACCCCAUAUCAGGGUCUUUUACAAACUCUCAAAUCAUUCCAGUAACAAUUGUAAUAAUGACAGAAUAUCUUGUGAUUCAACACACCCUAAAAAAUAUCAAUGGUGGAUUGUAACUCAUUAAUGCGUUUGCUAUUGGCUGAUUACAGGUGCUCCAGAACUGUAUGUGCAUGAAAGCUUUAACUGAGGAAAAUUAUAGCUAAAAAAGGCACCUUAUCACGAGACGCCAAAGGAUGUGUUGGCAACCAGUCUACAAGAGCAUCUUUUGUGAUCUUUUUCAUAAAUUACCAAAUUGUCAUGUACAUGUACUAACCGGUUAGUACUAGCGCUAUAGCAAUGUCAGAUGAAACGUAAUCUGAGAAUGUAAAUUGGAUCAAAACUUCAGUUUGCCAACACACCUAGUGCUCUUGAUGAUGCUUGCUGACUCUUGUGCUCGUGUUUACGUGUCCUGUUAUUGUCAGACGUAGCUCUCCAAAUGAAUAACCAGAGGAGCAUUUUUUUAAAGGUCUUUUUUGUAUGUUUUUUUUUUUUUUUUUUUUUUACUAAAAAUCCGACAUUUGUAAAUAGAUUUUCAAAAAAAUUGCCAAAAAAAUGCAAACAAAAAAGGUCUAUGGUAGAACAAACAGAGCAAGGAUAAAAUAUAACAACUACUGUAUAAACUGAAUGUGUCUGGUUAGAUAUACAUUACAGCGAGGAUCGCAGUCAUCUCUCACUUAUCGCCUUUCCUGUAGAGGCAAGUUAACUGCCACAAAGUAACUAGAUCAUGUUGCCUAUGUACGUUAUUCACUAUAAAAGUGUCCUCUGUAUUCUCUUCCGGAUCGUACAAGGUAUUCAAUGGCUUUUACGAUUGAGUUGGCCAUAACAACCCAUAAAAAAAACAGUAAAAAAAAUAAGUGGCAGUGGUGCUUCAAAUCACACAAGUACCUCAAAAUCUGUCUUAACAGCUCAUCGUAUGAUUAUAAACUUCCCUUAAUCGCUUAAGGAUAGUUCUGGGCUUUGGGGAAGAUUCCCCGGUGUUUGUCAUGAAAAUGUGCCUAAUAUAAACCAACUCGUUGGACAUUGCAAUACCUAAACUAUUAUGUUUUGCAAGGGAUUGUUUGCUGUGGAGGAUAAGAAUGCGAGCGAACGUGUUAUCCUUUUUUAUGCUAGCUUAUAAAAUAACUUUGAGAUUUGAGCUCGCCGGUAGUCUCGUUUCCAGAUGUCCUGGAAAUUGAGGCUGCUUUGCCAGCUAGCACAAACUAAAGCCAUUUCCCACUGUCUCUUCUCGUCUCACAGAUAUAUUUGCCAUCGUAGUACAGUGUGCUUUAUCAUAUCUGCUGUCUUGCAUAUGAACUGAUACAGUUUGGACAACCUAAAAUGGAGUGUCUAACUAAGUUUUGAUUAAUUUAUUCAUUAUUUUUACUGUUUUACGACUAACAACGCUGAAUGUUCAAGCAGGCACAAUAAUAAUAGAAAACCUGUGCUUUGUAAACUUGUUUAUUUCCACUUGUUUUAGAUUAAACAGGUUCAAUAUUGUUUAAUCAAAACAGAUUGAUUUGUCACUAUGCAGCGUUGGAAUAACAUUGUAGAGGUGAGUUGUUAGUACCAAUGACAGAUAACAAUGGUAUAUGUGAUAAGCUAAUGUGCAGGUUUGAUGGUGUUUUAAUGUUGAUGUGUAUCACCAUUGUUUGUCUGGAAAAACACAUUGGACCUAACUGUCCCACUGGGAUUUUAAACAAAAACUAUGUUUUUCUUUCUCUUCUUCUUCCUCUUUUUUCUUGCUUUCUUUAAGAAAUCUUUCUAUUUUGUAUAGAACAUUGCAAUUGUAAACAUUGUAAAUAGUAAACUCAUCUGCGACCACAAUCACAGUAAAAUAUGAAAAGAUCCGGCCCUAUGAUGAGACACCUUUUGUUAUUGUUGGUUUUAAUUAUUAUUUUUUGCAAACUGUCUGCUGGAAAGGGGUUAUAAAGGCAUGUGCUGAUCUGAGAGGAUUUCUUCCAUCAAAUAUUCACUCAUGUUUCCAAUAAACUCGUGCCAUCCCUA